AUGGAGAGUAUAUUUAAACCCCCGGAACCUCUACAUUUGGAUGGAAACAUUAGCGAUAACUGGAGAAAGUUUGAACAGCAGUUCCAAAUUUUCAUUGAGGCAACUGAAUUGGAUCAAAAAUCGGAAGCAAAGCAGUUAGCUGUUCUUUUAAAUCUUGUAGGUAACGAUGGACUGGAUUUGUAUAACUCGUUCACUUUAACGGAAGCGGAAAGAAAAUCCUUAAAGUCGGUAUUAAAGAAGUUUGCAGAGUACUGUUCGCCUAAGAAGAAUGUUAUAUUUGAAAGGUACAGGUUUAACAGUAUUGUACAAAAAGAGGGACAGACUUUCGACAACUUUUUGACGGAGCUACGUAAAGGCGUAAAGACGACAGAUUACAAGGAGCAAGAUGAUAUGGUCAGGGACAGGAUUGUAAUGGGAAUUGCGAAUAAAAACACCCAGGAAAGACUACUGCGUGAAGAAGCUCUUACCUUGCAAAAGGCAGUUGAUUUUUGUAGGGCAACGGAAGCAAGUCAAGUCAAGCACAGUCCAAGGAGUUACAAAAUGAGGUGUGUGCCAGUUCCAUCAACAAAGUAA